AUCGCGCCGCUGGCCAAGUACAAGCUGGUCUUCCUGGGCGACCAGGGCGUGGGCAAGACGUCCAUGAUCACGCGCUUCAUGUACGACACGUUCGACAACGCGUACCAGGCCACCAUCGGCAUCGACUUCCUCUCCAAGACCAUGUACAUGGAGGACCGCACCGUGCGGCUGCAGCUCUGGGACACGGCCGGCCAGGAACGGUUCCGGAGCCUCAUCCCCAGCUACAUCCGCGACUCGUCGGUGGCUGUAGUGGUCUACGACAUCACAAACCGCGCGUCGUUCCUAAACACGAGCAAGUGGAUCGAGGACGUCCGCACGGAGCGUGGGCAGGACGUGGUGAUCAUGCUCGUGGGCAACAAGACGGACAUCUCGGACCGGCGCCAGGUGUCGAUCGAGGAGGGCUCGGACAAGGCCAAGGAGGAGAACGUCAUGUUCAUCGAGACGAGCGCCAAGGCCGGAUACAACAUCAAGGCGCUCUUCCGCAAGCUCGCGACGGUGCUGCCCGGCAUGGAGAACACCAUGAUUAGCGGAGACUCUAACCUGAUUGAUAUUAAGCUGACGGCGGCACCGCCACCGAAGGAAAACACCGCAGAGCAGUGCAAUUGCUGA